UCGGCGAGGCAGAAGGUGCAGGAGCAGGAGGGCCGGGUGGAGGGUGACGCUCAACUGCCAGGAUGCAGAUUUUUGUGAAGACCCUGACGGGCAAGACCAUCACCCUUGAGGUGGAGCCCAGCGACACUAUCGAGAACGUCAAGGCGAACAUCCAGGAUAAGGAAGGUAUCCCUCCCGAUCAGCAGCGUCUGAUCUUCGCGGGGAAGCAGCUGGAAGACGGCCGCACGCUCUCCGACGACAACAUCCAGAAAGAGUCCACUCUUCACCUCGUCCUUCGUCUCCGUGGGGGGACCAUCAAGCCCUCUCUCCGCCAGCUCGCCCAGAAAUACAACUGCGGCAAGAUGAUUUGCCGCAAGUGUUGCGCCCGCCUGCACCCCCGUGCCGUCAACUGCCGCAAGAAAAAGUGCGGCCACACCAACAACAACCUGCGCCCAAAGAAGAAGGUCAAGUAGACAGAGA